AUGGUUUCCCAUUGGUUUUUGUGGAUGCUCUUGGUGCCGCUGGUGUCUGCGGCGGGGCAGGAUCAAGUCCCGCUCAGUACAGAGAUGAGGCUGAUUGCCUGUGCCAAGUCUGAAGAUAUCUCCAAGCACCUAGCGGCGGAAUGGGAAGCAGCGCAAUCCUCAACCGAUUUCCCCAUGGCCUGGACCAAAGACGCCGCCGACGCUCACUGCACAGACGCGCCAGCAACCGCCUACCCCUCCGUCAAGCUCCUCCGCGACGGCUCGCCGGUAGACUACCUGGGUCCUAUUACAAGCGACGAGUACGUCUGCCUCCCUCCUCGCAGCAAAGCUAACACGUCUACAACCAGAAUCCUACGCUUCAUCAACCGCGCCCGGCGGCCUCACGUCUCCAGCGUCUCACCCGAGGAAGUCGAGUCCUUUGGCAACGACGACGCCUUUGUCUGCGUAGCUCACCUCGGCCCAGACGAGACGGCACUCCGACAGGCUUUUGAAGCCGUGGCGCGGAAGCACUGGGCCGAGUUCACCUUUGGCGUCGUCGAUACGCUGACAACCACAGACACCUCCAGGGUUGUGUGCCGCAAACGCGACGACGAGAGCACGCACACGCGGACCGCGGCAGACGGGCUCGAGGGCUGGGUCCUGGACGUUUCGAGGCCCGUCAUCGCGGAGCUGACGCUCUUGAACCACCAGCGAUUCAUCGACCGCGCCUGGCCAAUCGUCUACAUCUUCUCCCCCUCCCCGACAACCCGCGCCACAAUCCGCGCAGACCUCCACGACUUUGCAAAGAAGCAGUACGCCUCCCUGACGCCCGUCACCGUCGACCCGAACCGCUUCCCCGACCUCCCCGCCAAGCUGGGCCUCGACGUCCCCGCGGAAGACGCGUACCCCGUCGGCGCGGUCCACCAAGUCUCCAACGGGAGGAUCUAUCCGUACCCCAAGGGCAAGGCUUUUACGCCGCGCGAGCUGCAGGGGUGGGGUCUGGACGUGUGGCAGGGACGAGUCAAGCCGUGGACGCCGCCCGGGCAGAAGGAGGCCGUCGGGGAUAAGGCUGGGUCGGUGAAGAGCAACGUGAAGGUCGUGGGCUCGCAUAAUCUAAACGUCAAGAACAUUCCGGGGCUGAAGAUCAAGAUUGGCGGGCGGGAGCGGGAUGAACUGUAG